AUGGUGCUCCUUGCUUUCGGCACCUCUCUGUUUCUUGCACGCUUUGCCCUCUUGCAAGUGCAUGGGUCACAAACAUUCUGGCCCUUAGCGGUACCACUUGCUGUUCGCACGCCUUAUUUGAACACAUGGAUGUACAAGACGAAGACGUCGGAUAGUCUGAACAACCAAUUGCCGUCUUUUUUUGAUACGGAGCAAGAUAUUGGGUGGAAUUGUUACAUCCGAGUGGAUGGAAAGACGUACAUUGUGUUUGGCGACAACAAUUUUCCGCCCAACUACACCGUGGCAGUUGGAAGCCUCGUUCAGACGGAACUGUCCCCUACUCGUACCAUGCAAACCAUCGAGGCUGGUCCCUUGAACAUUACCUUGACGUUUCUGAGUCCCAUCGAUCCAUCUGACCUCAUACGCCAAUCCCUCCCGUUCAGCUAUGCUGCCGUGGAAUUCGCAUCCACCGAUGGCCAACCACAUGACAUACAGAUGUACUGCGACCUAACUGGACAAUGGCUCGUCGGCCCCACCGUGACUGACAUGUCUCAAGAGAUGUCGUGGAGUCCACCGACGAAAACCAGUAGCAUUAUCUAUCAUCAACUGCAGCUCGUAAAUCCGGCGCCUUUCCAAGAAGAAAACGGACAAGCCUCAGAUGGUGCAAUGUACUUUGCGAUGGGGCUGGGACAGGGACGCAAUAUCACUUGGCAGACUUGCGAACAAAAUGCCUGCCGCGGAGGAUUCGUAGAUACCGGUCGCGUAAACCCGAAUGACAAUAAUAAUACGUUUCGGGUGACUGGCCCGUCUUCCCCAUCU